AUUGGUCCUUCCUGGAGGCUGGCUAUAGGAACACUUAGUCAUCAGCACUCAGGAGAUCUCUUUGGGACUGGGCACAAACUUGGCGGUUUAUCUCCUAGCUCUUUGUGCCUGGGAUUAGCUGUAGUACUUGGGCUUUGGGAAGGCUGAUGCAGUUUGACAAAAUAUAAUCCUAGAUUUGCCGUUGCCUCUCAGCUUAUGAAAAACAGAUGUCUUAAUGUUCUGGAACUUAACACAGAAUGGAAAUUGCCAACUAGAGAGCUUUUUGGACUGAGAACAUUGAGUUAAGACAAUUCGGAAUCCAGCCAGAAGGGGGUUUUUCCCUCCUCUUGUCUAUUUUUACUGCGUAACUGAUAGCCGUCCAAGGACUGACCUUCCUCCCUCCUUCAGUCCAUCCCUCUCACUCUGAAAUGGGAGGGGAUAGAGCAGCUUCACCUUGAGAUACCAUCAGAAGGAGAGAUUGCAGCUGCAACCCAAAAGAGGGAGAGAAAGAGAGAGAGAGAGAAAAGAAUGAAAGAAGAGAAAAGGAAUGUCUCAUGAUUGUCUGACUGAUUUUUGAAAAAAGCAGCAUACAACCCUUCCGUAGCAGGCAGGGGGACGAGAAGGAGAGAGAAAGAGAAGAUAGCAACAGCUUUCUCCUGGGGACUUGUGUGUAUGUGGUUUUUUUUCCUAAGUGCACAGCAUCGUGCAGGGUAAAAGGAAUCAGGACCCGUAUGCCAAUGGUCUAGGAUGGCCAGUGAAGGCUCUAACAUCCCCAGUCCUGUGGUGCGGCAGAUUGACAAGCAGUUUCUGAUUUGCAGCAUAUGCCUGGAACGUUACAAGAACCCCAAGGUACUUCCCUGUCUGCACACUUUCUGUGAGAGGUGUUUGCAGAACUACAUCCCCGCACACAGUUUAACACUGUCUUGCCCCGUGUGCCGCCAGACCUCCAUCUUGCCAGAGAAAGGGGUUUCAGCACUCCAAAACAACUUCUUCAUCACAAACCUAAUGGACGUGCUGCAGCGAACACCAGGCAGUAAUACUGAGGAGUCUUCCAUCCUGGAGACAGUCACCGCUGUGGCUGCAGGAAAACCUCUUUCUUGCCCAAACCAUGAUGGAAAUGUGAUGGAAUUUUACUGCCAGUCUUGCGAGACUGCCAUGUGUCGAGAGUGCACGGAAGGGGAGCACGCUGAACACCCCACCGUUCCACUCAAGGAUGUGGUUGAACAGCAUAAAGCUUCCCUUCAAGUCCAGCUCGAUGCUGUCAACAAAAGGCUCCCAGAGAUAGACUCUGCGCUUCAUUUCAUAUCUGAAAUCAUCCACCAGCUAACUAACCAAAAGGCCAGCAUAGUAGAUGACAUCCAUUCCACCUUCGAUGAGCUCCAGAAGACUCUAAAUGUGCGCAAGAGUGUGCUGCUCAUGGAGCUGGAGGUGAAUUAUGGCCUUAAACACAAAGUCCUUCAGUCACAACUGGAUACUCUGUUGGAGGGACAGGAGAACAUCAAAAGCUGUAGCAACUUCACUGCUCAGGCCCUCAACCACGGCACUGAAACAGAAGUCUUACUAGUUAAGAAACAGAUGAGCGAGAAGCUCAAUGAACUUGCCGAUCAAGACUUCCCUUUGCAGCCUAGGGAAAAUGAUCAGCUGGAUUUCAUCGUAGAGACUGAAGGACUUAAAAAAUCGAUUCACAACCUGGGGACUAUUUUAACCACCAAUGCUGUGGCCUCUGAGACAGUUGCUACAGGUGAAGGCCUGAGGCAGACUGUGAUUGGACAGCCUAUGUCAGUUACUAUAACAACCAAGGACAAAGAUGGGGAGCUGUGCAAAUCCGGGAAUGCCUACAUCACUGCUGAACUGAGUACUCCUGAUGGCAGUGUGGCGGAUGGAGAAAUACUUGACAAUAAAAACGGUACUUAUGAGUUCUUGUAUACUGUACAGAAGGAAGGAGAUUUUACCCUCUCCCUGAGGCUCUAUGACCAGCACAUUCGAGGCAGCCCAUUUAAACUCAAAGUGAUUCGGUCAGCAGAUGUGUCUCCCACGACUGAAGGUGUCAAGAGGCGUGUUAAGUCUCCAGGAAGUGGUCACGUGAAACAAAAAGCUGUUAAAAGACCUGCAAGCAUGUAUAGCACUGGAAAAAGAAAAGAGAAUCCCAUUGAAGAUGAUUUGAUCUUUCGAGUAGGUACCAAAGGAAGAAAUAAAGGAGAGUUUACAAAUCUUCAGGGGGUAGCUGCAUCUACAACGGGAAAGAUAUUAAUUGCAGACAGCAACAACCAAUGUGUGCAGAUAUUUUCCAAUGACGGCCAGUUCAAAAGUCGUUUUGGUAUCCGCGGACGGUCUCCUGGCCAGCUGCAGCGGCCAACAGGGGUUGCUGUUCAUCCUUGUGGGGAUAUAAUCAUUGCAGAUUAUGAUAAUAAAUGGGUUAGCAUUUUCUCUUCUGAUGGGAAGUUUAAGACAAAAAUUGGAUCAGGAAAGCUGAUGGGACCAAAAGGUGUGUCCGUGGACCGCAAUGGACACAUCAUAGUGGUGGACAACAAAGCAUGCUGCGUGUUCAUCUUCCAGCCCAAUGGGAAAAUUGUGACCAGGUUUGGUAGCCGAGGAAAUGGGGACAGGCAGUUUGCAGGUCCUCAUUUUGCAGCUGUUAACAGCAACAAUGAAAUUAUUGUUACAGAUUUUCAUAAUCAUUCAGUCAAGGUAUUUAAUCAAGAAGGAGAAUUCAUGUUGAAGUUUGGUUCUAAUGGAGAAGGCAAUGGACAGUUUAAUGCCCCAACAGGGGUAGCAGUAGAUUCAAAUGGAAAUAUCAUUGUAGCGGACUGGGGAAACAGUAGAAUCCAGGUUUUCGAUGGGAGUGGAUCAUUUUUAUCCUACAUUAACACAUCUGCUGAUCCACUUUAUGGUCCCCAAGGCUUGGCCUUAACUUCGGAUGGUCAUGUUGUAGUGGCAGACUCUGGAAAUCACUGUUUCAAGGUCUAUCGAUACUUGCAAUAACAGCAGGUAUCUGAGUAACCCUAAGCCACUGUCCUGUACUAUAACCUGGACUGGAUUUUUCCAUGCAGAACCUAACUGCAACUAGACUGAGUUCAUUUUCAUGUCUGAAGGAAUCUCCAUUGGAUUUGUUCACAGUGGUUUCAAAAUGUGACUGUUUACUUAAGACUAUAAGACUGCAUCUCUGAUUUCUGUAACUCAUCUUUAGCAUUUUAAAAAGAAAACUCUCUUUUCCCGAAUCCUUUAAAACAGCAGAAUCUCAAACCUGUGAACUUUGGCUGGUAGAACAGGAAUUUGCAUAGCUGAUGACUCAUUUUUUGACUCAGACAAACCAAGGUGGAAAAACUAAAGCAUUUGAAGAUGUUGAUUAAACCUGUGAAUGGUAGCUUUUGCUCAGAGCUUCCACAUAUAAAAUUUACUGUAGAUAUAUGUUAUUUAACCCAGAUGUAAGAUCUGGGAGUGUUCUAGACCUCAGCUUUCAUGGUAAGUAUUACUCGUGGUGUUCUUCAGUCAUCUUCAUCAGCAACUAUAGCUAAAUAGGUUCCUUUUACAAAGUAAGGCUGCCUUGCAAAAUCCUUAUUGCUCUGAUUGUCGGGCCCAAGAUGCCUUGACAUUAGCACUAUAAGAAUCAAUGCAAAUUUCCCAUUUAUUUGGGAACAGAUCAAAGACCUUUUCUGUGUGUUCUUUUCACCUUCUUUUGCUCACCUGGUAGCAGAACACAAAGUAUGCUUGGCAGGGGGGCACCUGAUAUUCCUAAGGCUUUGAAAUCAUUGUCACACUAUAGUAGUUAAUGCUACCUUUCAAUAAACAAGUAAUCCCAUUAACACAAAAUGAACAUAUUGGGUUAUAAUAACAAAAAAAGCCAGUUUUUCCAUGUGUGCCAUGCUCCCACAUUCAUCCUUUGGUCAUGCCACAAAAGUGUAAGCUCUGCCUUCCGCAACCCAUCAGCACAAAUGGUAGGACACACAGUAUCGCCUAGGACAGAGAGCCAUAAAAGUAGCCCUUGGAGGACAUGGGGUGGUCAGCCAAAAGUAUGUAAGUGAUCAAUGAAUGGUUUCAACAUUAAAAGCAAGUGUUACCAAAGUUGUGUUACCUUAAGAACAUUACAGGUAAGAGCAUGUUAUGGUUAUUUAUCACUGUCUGAUGAAUAGAAAGGUUAAAGGAUUCUGUGUACAUGGUUAUAGGAUAAGGUAGAGUGUAUUAUAUAUAUACAUUUAUA